AUGAAAGUCCUCGUCACCGGCGCCGCCGGCUUCAUCGGGCAGAAGCUCGUAUCAGCCCUGAUUGCGGACCCUCUCUAUACGGAUAUCACAAUCACAGACAUUAUCCUCCCCAAGACGCCACGGUCACCCGAGGAGAAGCCCGUCACAGCAGUGCUGUCGAACCUGGCAACACAGGCAGACCGCGAGAUGCUGGUGACAAAGGACCUCGACGUCAUCUUCAUCCUCCACGGAAUCAUGAGUGGCAUGGCGGAAAAGAACUUUGAGAGUGGUAUGAUGGUGAACUUCGACUCCACGCGAGGCCUGCUGGAGUGCGCGAGAAAGAGGAGGUGGCAUGAAUCGAGGAACAAGUUGUUUAUAGGUGCUCAGGUCGUCCCCGGCAUCAAAGUCGUCUUCGCCUCCUCGCUCGCCGUCUUUGGCGGCACCCUCCCGGACGAGGUGACGGAGCGCACCAUGCCCACGCCGUCAACGUCGUAUGGAAUGCAGAAGAUGCUGUGUGAAUACCUGAUCAACGACUACUCCCGCCGCGGCUACAUCGAUGGCCGCACCCUCCGCUUCCCCACGGUCGUGGUCCGUCCCGGCGCACCCUCCGGCGCCGCCUCAUCAUUCGUCUCCGGCAUCAUCCGCGAGCCGCUAAAUAACCUACCCUCCGUGCUGCCCGUGUCGCGCGACAUGUCGCUGUGGGUGUCCUCUCCGCGCACCGUGGUGUCAAAUAUACUACAUGCCGUAAACGUGCCGGCGGAGCAGCUGGGGGAGAUGCGGCAGAUCAACCUGCCCGGGAUCACGGUCACGGUGAAGGAGAUGCUUGAGGCACUGGGCGCAGUGGGCGGCGAGGAGAGGGUGGAGCUGGUGAAGGAGCAGAAGGAUGAGACGGUGCAGAGGAUUGUGGGCAGUUGGCCGGCGAGGUUUAGGAUAGAGCGGGCGAUGGAUCUGGGGUUUGUGGGUGAUGGGGGCUUUGCACAGGUUGUGAAGGAGUAUAUUGAGGAUGAAGGGAUAUUGGUUUAG